AUGGAAGAGCAUUCCAGUGAUGACAUUUUUGCAUAUGCACUUUCCAAGACUCUGACCAAAGUUUCAUCGCCUGCAACUGUCGGACUCUACUCUUCAUGUGGGAGUAGAAUUAGAAGAAUCCUUGAAAAGAUGGAAGUGUACAUGUCGCAGGAAGCGUUGAGGAUUGAAGGGAACUACAAAGGGAAACAUCAGCCUCGUUCAGUUAAACCUUCACUUUCUGGCAUGUUAAUGCUAGUUUGGCGGUUGCUAUUCCACAAGCCCAUUUGGACCCAUGAGAAUCAGGACCAUCAUAAUGUCCGUUUCAUCAAUGUGAAUUUCAGUGCCUGGCACUUUGCAGGCAGUGACCUGCUGUGGGCCGGGCUUGCCAUACGACUCUUUCAAGCAAUGCAAAUACAUUUUGGGAAAUUACAGUUUGUGUUAUACCAGGUGGCCCAACAUGAUGUCGACGAUGAAAUUAAAAAGAAGAUAGUGGUGGAUGGCCCUCAUCACUGGAGGUCAAAGAGGAUUUGUUGUUGUCCUCUGUGGUUUCUCGUCCUGCUCAGUCUACUGGUACCAAUAAUAAUCCUAACUUACAUUUUAAUGGUUGAACUACCAAAACAUGUGGGAAAAGCAACAGCAAAAGUCAAUGGAACAACCAGCCACGUCAGUGUACUGGAAGGCCUGAUCAUAGCUUCAUUUGGAGUUCCAGCUGCCAACGCACUAAGGUUUGUCUUCCUGAUAGGCAAAAACCUUAUUUUCAACCAAGAGCUCAACAUAAAAAAAGCCAUGGACAACGAGCGGGUCAGCAGCAAGCUGGGUUUCAUGAAUGAUGUGAGGAAAGAAAUGUGGCUUUUGUCUCGCUUUGUCGAGUUCAUGGAGGUGUUUGAGAGGAGAAGAAUCAGAGUGGUAUUAAGAAUCACCAAUCUUGAUCGCUGCUCACCCCCAAAAAUUGUUGCCGUUUUAGACGCUAUCAAUAUUCUCCUGUCAGAUGAAGACAGCCCAUUUAUUUCAGUUCUGGCUAUAGACCCAGAUAUUAUCAUACAGAAGGUCAACUCUGCAGAUAGCUGCUUUUGCAAAGAAGACAGGGCUUAUGCGCUGUUAAACCGUAUUGUUACUCUGUCCUUCAGCGUUCCACCUCUUUGUGAAGAUUCAAAGCUCAGUUUAUUUCACCGCUUGGCUAGCAAUUCAAAAUACCUUGAAGACGGAAGCAUGGGUGAAGAUAAACAUAUAACUGCAGGCAUUAAAAAAACCUCUUUGUCAGAUUUAUCUUCAGUGGUUUUAUUUGAGACAAAUGAGGGAAUUCCACUAAUGGAUAAAACAGUUGAACUCAAUGUAACGGAUGCAGAAAUUGAAAAUUGGGUUAAAAACACCCUUGCCACCAAUGAAAGAAAGUUAAAUGAGUACAUUUUAGAUGACUCUAUGUCAAUGAGAAGAGUGAUCAACUCUAUUCGAGUCACUGUCAUUAUUAUGAAGGCCUUAAAGACAGAGCUCCCUCAACCUGACCUCAUAGCAUCCUGGGUGGUUCUGGCCAAUCACUGGCCCUGCAGACUCAGUUGGAUCAUCCAAUGUGUGGAGGAUGCUCAGCAGAGAGACUAUAUUGAUCGUAACGAGCAGUCUGAAUCUGAUGAUUCCAAGAGCUUGUGGAAGGUUUUCUCUGAGUCAAGGGCAGAGCUUUACGUGAUGCGUGCUCAGAUUGAAGACCUACUUGAACAGGACGGAGACCCUGAAAUGUUUGAGAGAUUCCUAAAGGUAGACUUCCACUUCACAAUUAAAGAUUUGAAGGCACUCAACAUGGUCACCGUGAACCUAAACCAUUCAAUUAAGAAAGAGUUGGCUCUGAUAAGAGGUACAUCCAGGCUGAAGAAUUCUGGAUGGAUGAGGACCUUUGCUCCUUUGCCAGUCACAGCGCUAAUCAAUAUGGAUUCAGAGGAUAUUUGUAAAGAGCUGGAAAAUAUGGAAUAUCCAAGAAAAUACGCUGGUAUUGUAAAAAGCAAUCACAUCACUGGCUCAGCUCUGGUAUUUGGAGACCCAGACGAUAUUAAGAAACUACUGAACAUGACCUUUGGAGAAUGGACAACUUUCAGACUUCGCUUCCUGGGAUUACCACUACAUCUGCAGCUACAACCCAAGAAUGUGCAUAACCUUCAAAGGCACCCAUCUAGACUUCACCUAUAUGGUUCUCAUCACUCCUUAUCAAAACACCAUUCAACUGUUAGCUAG